AUGGAUAUCCAAGAAAACAACCUCGAAGAAUCGAACCAGCUCACUCAAGAAAGUAACAAUCGCCCAUCCGAUGGCUCGACGACUGCUUCCACUGGACCGAUUCAUGGCCUCAAGUCCGACGAUCCAACUGGAACCAAUUCAUAUCAGCUACCCUCUCAUAUCAGCAAACUCUUAGAUGAACUGGAGCUAGAGGAAGAACUAGAACUCAAGAACAGACCACCAGAGGAGACCGUCGAACAAAGUCAAUCAGAUGAAGAACAUUCUCAUACUGAAGAAUUCAUCUCUCCCGACGAUAUCGGCCAAGAAAUUGAUAAAGCACUCAAUCUCGCUAAACCAGCUCAUCAUGCCUGCCAGCAACAGGAUGAACAAGAAGACUUGAAAGCUUGGGGGAAACUGGUCUGGAUGGACUGA